GUUGAAGUGAAAUGGGAUGUAGUGAAUGCAAAAUUGAAGAGGAGAUCAAAAGGAAAGAAACAUGACCCCAUCCACACCAGUUUCACAAGAAGGGCUUUAGAACUAGCUGCAAAACAUGGAAAUCAUGUUGACACAGUUUUAGCAUUUAGAAAAAAGUAUUUGGAAUCAUUAGAUGUGGCAGAAGAUAAACCAAACUUUUUACAGUUAAUGAAAGAUGUUGAAGUGAAAUGGGAUGUAGUGAAUGCAAAAAUUGAAGAGGAGUAUCAAAAGGAAAGAAACAUGACCCCAUCCACACCAGUUUCACAAAGAAGGAGCUCUCUUAUGAUAUAAUUUGGAGGACUUCUUGAUAAUAUAAAUGAUAUAUACAUUCUAGUCAAUUUGUUUAACUGAAUUAAUAUUUAAAAAAUAUUUUUAAGGCUAUUUUUCAUUUGUUUUCUUUGUAUGUAAAAAAGAAUUGCUAAUAAAUGUUGAACUUGCAGUUUAUUA